AUUACACGUGCAGGUAAACUGACCAAGUAUACUGUCAGAUAAAGCUCACAGGCGUACUAUGCGAUAUUGAGAAUAAUAUUCGCACUCCAAAAACAUCAUAACAGGAAUAACGUUCUAUCUUCAGUCAUUUUCAAAUAAACUGAAAUCCUUUAUUUCUAGAUAUCGUGUAAUUUCCUUUUCACUAUUCUGCGUCAGGCUUAAAGAAUGAAUUAGUGUAUUAAAUUCACGAUUUACCCUGAACAGGACAUUUUGUGUUUCCAUGGUAACAAAAUAGCAAUUGCCAAUUAGUAAGUUCGGAAUACGUUGGACUUUCCCAUGUGAAUACAGAUACUGGAUAAACACCGUCUUAUCGUUACCUCAUUGGAGGAUUUUUUUUUCAACUUCGGAGAAGAAUCAUCGGAGAAUGUAAACAAACAUAUUUAUGUUUCCAGCGUUUAGAUCUGAACAUUGAAGGACCAUAGCUACAAUAAGGAUUUUCCUUCUGUUGAUUUGCAGUUUCAUCUUGGCAUUACCCUUCGUGGUGAUUUUGAUAUCAAGCUGUUGCCAUGGUAACACCGUGUCCGAUCAACCCCGAGAAGCCCGCAUCGUUUCCGGGGAAUAGUUACUAUUGCCCCGCCACGAACGAGGACGGCUCGCCGAACACGUUCACGGAGUGUUGCCAGAACGACCGGGCGGACGACGAUGGGAACCUCCACAGCUGCUGCUUGCCAGCCGAGGAACAGAACGCAGAGAUGCUUGGGAUGAUGGAACAAGUAGGCCUUUACCUCGGCGUAGCAACGGCAGUAUUGAUCGUAUUGGUAUUUCUCUAUACGUAUUGCCGAGAUGACACGUUCUCUUGUCUUAAACGCUUGAGGGCGCGCAUCUACAAGUUUUGGGAUGGCUGCAUGGACGGUCUUUGUAACUGUCGCUGUGUUGGAAGACGGAUUCGUCGGAAAUUGAAGAAGAAAUCCCAGCCGGAGACUCCGUACGUUAAGGAAUCUAAUCACGAACAUGACGGACCAGCAGCAGAACACGUCGGCGUUCAGGAGAAUUUCUUCUGGUAGCUCAAGAUCACUGGCUCACAGAUGAGGGGGGGGGGCCUUGGGGCCCUUUGCCCCCCCUCCAAAAAAAAAUAUGUUCACGACCAAGAAAAAACAAGAUAAAGAAAAAAAAGGAAAGAGAGAUAUUAAAAUAUGCUAGUUUUCUGAAUAUUGUUGACACUUUUUGCUCGCUCGCUCGCUCGCACCUUAUUUAUUUAUUUAUUUCACCUGAUACGUCACAUUUGGCCCCCUCAAUUUUUUUUAGCUCGUUACGCCACUAUUGAAGAUGACGCGCUUGUAAUAUACAGGCCAUAUUCAGAGAACACUUCAAAGUUGAUGAGAUGGGAGGGGGCUGGGGCCCAUAGUACAUUUCAUGACUAAGAAACUUAAAAAAAAAGGGGAGAAAAAAGUGAAGGGGGAAACUUUGAAAUAUUAUAUUAUAUCAAGUGAAUAAUAAUAAUUUAUGUCAAACUUUAAUUAUCACAAAAUUAUUUUAGUGUAUUAUUUUUAAAAAGUCAACAGUUUUGCUAGCUCACUUCGCUCACUCAGAGAUUUUGUCAGUAAUGCUACCACAUACACCAAAGCUUGGCCCCGCCCCAAAUUUUUUGUUCCCCCUUUACGGCUUUGGCGGUAGGGAUGGUGGGGGGGGGGGGGGGGUCAGCGCACUUGUGAUAUCAGAAAGAAAAUUAGUUUCCAAUAAGUGAAAUAUUAGUACUAAAAGGCACAUUUAACACACUAAUUUUAAAGUAGGGGGGGGGGGGCUGAGCAUGCAUACAUAACAUAAUAAUUUGAUGAUCAUUUUCACAUUUCCGUGAUAAAAAAGUGUGUGUGGGGGAGGGGGGCGAAUGGACAAACAUACUGCAAAACACCGAUAUAAAUAUAACAUUUAACCCGGUAUCUGAAUCGAAAAAAACCAGGGGAAGUGUUGAAACAACACAAGUUAAGAAUGCAUAUAUCUUGUGGUGCUGUUUCAACACCUCUCUGAUGUUUUGCGAUAUACCGAUUGAGCUGGUGUUAAAUCAACACCGGUAUAUUUGCAGUGUACGCCACUGGGUAUUAGAUUGAUGUCUGCAUUUUGAUAUUAAGUCAAUGAAUAUGAAUAAAAUGUUCAUUGUGAUAAAAAGUAAAUACAUGCAUGGUCAGAACAUAAUAAGCAUCAUGAUGAACCGGC